AUGCCAGCUUCUCUAAGAAAACUGCAGCAAAUGGCUGUUUUCAUGGGCCUGUUCAGCGGCGGGGGAUGCAUCGUGAUGUAUAAUCUUAUGCAAAAAAGUUUUGCCAGGACCCAGUAUUACCAGCAGGCUUUGGAGCAACUGAACAGCAAUCCUGAUGCCCUGGAAGCCCUGGGUGCUCCUCCUCUGAAGGUUCACAACAUCCGACUGACGGAUGGGAGCAAUCGUGUGGACACAGACAGAGCACAGAUAAAGUUACCAGUAUCUGGGACAAAAUCAGCGGGGUACCUCUACAUUAACUCAGAGAUGGACCACUCCCACCAACGCUGGUGCCUUCAGGAUGUUACGUUGAAACUGCGGGAUGGUCAGAAUAUUCCCGUUUACCACGCCCCGGUGGAAAGCAUUGGUGUGCAAGAAGGCUAA